AUGAAAGCUGGGUUUAUUUCGAUGUUUCUGAUAACAAUCGCCACCGGAAUCUACGCCGUGAUCAGCAGUUUAGGGUCGAUUUCUAGCGGAUUAACUCCCCUGCAAAAUGUGAUAGGUACCGGUGUGUUCCUAUUGGCCCCUUUGGGAAUUCCAAUUGUUGAGAAAAUGAGAGAAAAUUUGUCAAGAAAAUGGAACUUAAACAGAGAGAGAAGAGUGCAUAGUUUUACCAUGGAGGAGAAUAGCAAUGGUAUAGGGAGCUUAGAAAUUGGGGCAGUGAAAGAGGGAGAAGAGUUAGAUGGUAGGCAGGUUCAUGAGCCUUGUGUUAGAGAGGAGAUUGGAGUGAAGUUGAUGGUGACAAGGCUAGAUUUUUGGUUGUAUUUCUUUGUGUAUUUUUUCAGUGCAACACUUGGGUUGGUGUUCUUGAACAACUUGGGACAGAUAGCAGAGUCCCGUGGCUCAUCCAGGACUUCAUCUCUGGUCUCUCUAUCCUCUUCUUUCGGGUUCUUUGGGCGCCUCAUGCCUUCUCUUCUAGACUAUCUCUUCUCAAGGAGCAAGUACAUGAUUUCAAGGCCGGCGUUGAUAGUGGCAUUGGUGGCUCCAAUAGGAGGGGCUUUCUUCUUGCUUCUCAACCCAGCAAGCUUCUCCCUUUUCCUCGGCACAGCCAUUAUAGGAGUGUGCACUGGAGCAAUAACUUCAAUUGCAGUCUCCAUAACCACAGAGCUGUUUGGGACCAAGAAUUUCUCUGUGAACCACAAUGUGGUGGUGGCCAAUAUAUCAAUAGGGUCCUUUGUUUUUGGCUACUUGUCCGCUAUUUUGUACCGCAAGGAAGGAAAUCAAGAAGAUGGGAGGUGCAUGGGAAUGGCUUGCUACAGAAGCACUUUUGUCAUCUGGGGUUCUCUUUGCUUUCUUGGGACUGGCCUAGCUUUAGUGCUUUUUGCACGAACACGAAAAUUCUACUCCCAAAGAUCAUAG